AUGCCGGAGAAUAAACACGAAACGUCUGCUGCAGCUGCAGCUGCCGCUACUACUGCUGCCACGGCCAAUGCCCAUGCCCAUGCCAAUGCGUCCACAUCCGCCAAUCAACAACUGAUGAACCCAUCAUAUCAAAGGUCGACUUCUUCCAUAUACCAUUUGUUACAGGCGCCCAGUGGACAGCAUAUGGUGAAUGGGCCUCCCUUACUGGCUGCUCUUCCGCAAGCAAAUCAAAUGGGCCCUUUACCACAACAACAUACUCCACUACAAUCAUACCAGGGAACAACCAAUAUUACCAACAACAACAACACUAACAAUAAUAACAAUAGCACAAUGCGUCUCCACGAGUAUCAUUAUGGCCAAGCACAACAGCAUCCAUCACACAGUGGCCCAACGGAUGGACACCCCAUUACAAGGAACGAUUACGAAAGAAUACCCAUACAGAGACAAAUUGAUCAGAUGCAAUAUCAACAUUUGAGACCAAUCUUACCAGCCAUUGCAUCUGCUGCCGCAAGCGCUACAAAUCAUGUCCCACUACCGAAUUUCCAUCACCAUCAUCAACAACCGCAGCAGCAGCAGCAACAGCAACAGCACCCAAGGCUUUUGCGAACUAAUUCUCCAGUUAAUAUACUAAUGAAUACACCUACACCCUCAGCAUCACCCUCUCUUUCUAAUUUGGGUUUAUUGCCCUUAUUGGCUCAAGCAAGGUUGGAGAGAACCCAAUCAUCCAUCCCAUCAUUUGCAUACCAACCAACACCAUCAGCAACAUCUACAACAACAGCACAGGUAAAUGGAAAAGCCAAUACCAGCAACGAAAAGGCUAAAAGAUUUAACUCUCUCCAAAAUCCACCCACAGCAGGCAAGAAAACUGCUAAAUCACAAAAUGUUCAAGAAAAGAAUAGUCCUCCUCCCCCUCCGACCUCAUCAAGAUCUUCCGUUUCACCACCAACAAGGAGAAAUACACAAGAAAUUCUUGCUAAAUCUAUAGCUGAAAAGUAUUUGAAUAACCCAAUUUCAGAAUACGCAUCCAUUGUAAGAAAUGCAGAAAUAGCAGUACUAAACAUGGAUGCUCAAACAAAUUCGAAAGCUUCUUUACAAAAGGCAGAACAGAAUAGAGAACGGGAAAGACAAGUUUAUGCUUUGUUAUGGUUGAUGAAGAACUGUGAAUCCAAGCAUGACAGUUUUGUACCAAGGGGGAGAAUUUUCGCUCAAUAUGCAUCGUCUUGUGCUCAAAAUAAUUUGAAACCAUUAUCUCAGGCAUCAUUGGGCAAAUUAAUUAGAACUGUAUUCCCUGAUUUGACAACAAGAAGAUUAGGGAUGAGGGGACAAUCCAAAUAUCAUUAUUGUGGGCUAAGAUUAAUUAAUUCAGAUGAUUUCAAUCCUAAUGAUACUGAUAACGAUGAUAACGACGAAAUAUCACCUAUUAAGAGAGAGAAUAGUGAACAACUUGAUGUGAAAUUGAUUGAUCCAGAAAAUCAAGAACAACAAGGCGCAAUGACGACGACGGCGACGACGACAAACUCAGAUUCUGCCAAGGAAACGGCAAAUGACACAUUGAAGCGUAACAACAACGGCUUUGAGUCCGGCAAUAGUAGUCCUAUUAAGAGACGGAGAGUGGAUUAUAUAAAAAAGAAUGAACGUUCCCGAUCAUCAUCAGCGGAUGACAGUUAUAAUGAAAUUCCCUUCCUUGAUGAUUUGUACCAUAAAAUGUUUAUGAAUGAUGAUCUUGCUAAUACAGAACAUGAAGCUUUAAAACUUCCCCCAAUUCCAAGAGAUAAAUUGAAUUUAACCACCGAUAAGGAUAUUGUAUCAUCGUUAGAAUCUCUUUAUUAUGUGCACUGUAAAACCAUUUUUGAGAAUAUUAAAUUUAUGAAAUUUGAAUCAUUACAGAAAAAUUUGUUUCUUUUCAGUUCAGGUUCAAUAUCUCCACAAAUGUAUUCUUUAUUCAUCUCAGAAGAAUUGUAUGAUUGGAUUUAUCAAUGUGACUUAAUAACACACAUUGAAUUAAUCAAAUUCUUUUCCAAUUUAGUGAUUAAUAAUAAACCAAUGAAUGAUUCCAUACUUUUCAAAUUAGAUCUAUUUGCAAAGGAUUAUUGUGAUUAUGUUUCAAAGGCUAGUAUUGAUUUACCUCUACCAGUAGUUGAGAAAAAAUUGAAGAUUGCAAAGAAAUUUUCAAAUUUGAUUAAGAAAUUAAUCAAACUGUUUAAAUUUAUUCAAAGUUUCGAAAAUAGUUUCCCUUCAUUUAAAGAAGGAAUGAAAAAGGAUUGGCAAAAUAUUAUCAAUUUACAUGAUAUUCUUGACAUGGUCAGCAAUGAAAGACAUCAACAAGUAAUGAAAUUGAUUAAAGAUUUCAUGCAGGUAAAUAUCCCAAUGUUCUUAAAAGAUGAAUAUCGUCAAGAGGGCACCCCCACCACCACUGACACAGACACAGACAAUAAAGAGAAAGCUGUGCCUAACUCAAUGAUAGGAUUUAUGGAGGCAUUGCUACAAUUUAUUUCGGAUGAAGGCAAACUAAACGCUUCAGGAAACGUUGUUGUCGAUUGUUUUGUCAGGUUUACAAAUACAGUAGUCGGAGAUAUCAGUUUAAAAUCAGCAGAUAAUUUGUUACCAUGGUUGUUCGUCCAUAACAUCACUGUACAAUUAUUACACUACUCACUUGACGUGAGUAAGUUCAUUAAGGACACUACUACAUAG